UUCUGGGCUUCUUCUCCCAUGCCAUGUCGCCAGAUCGUGGAGAGCCAAGCCCGGACAGCCCAGGCCGCGGCGCCCGCGCGCACCGCCGUGGCCCGGAGCCCAUCGAGCCGGGCGAAGUUCGGCUGCUGCGGCCCCGAGCGGGGCAGCCUGCGCCACGUCCGGCGCAGCAGUGGAAGUUGAGCCUGGUGCCCCCUCCAGCGGCCAGAGCAGGAGAUGGUCAGGUGGUCUACUUGGGCCUCUCCAAGUUGGCGACACUGGACGCCAUCCGAUUUGAAACGCCCUAUGACAAGUUGCGACAGUGGGGUGCCAGGGAUCAGUCAGACACGCCCAGCUUGGAGGAGGAAGCAAAAUCUGACCAUUGGCUUCUGAGUCACACUUCCUGGAGCAGCUCCGGCACGGGCACGAGCUCCGCCCGCGGCGCGGGCUCUCGGAAAGGCACUCCACAGGGUGCACCGAGCGGAGAGCCCACAUGUCGGCGGAGGAGCGUCCAGGCCCUGGAACAGCUUCGAUCCGACUUGAUGAGCCACUCCACGACGGUGCCCUGCUAUCGCUACAAGGGCUCCGCACGUGUGUGGGAUGCCAUCCGGGAGAAUGCCAAUCAGCAAUGUGUGAAGAUGCGGCGGGCGCUGGAAGCUGCGAUGGCACAGAAGAAGGAGCUGCCGAACCUGGAAGAGAUGCUGGCGAACCUCGAGCGACAGCGCCUUCCUCUCACGCCGCCUCCUGAGGACCCUGAGAGGCCGUUGUACCUCACUUGUGUCGUGCUUCUCUACGUGUCGCCCUGCAACCCCUUGAACUUGGAGAACAUCAUGAUGCUCAGGCGUGCACGAGAGUCCGUGGAAGCCUUCCACCGUGUCGUGGUGCCCGGGGCGGUUGUGAUUCCCUAUAGCACGAACAGCUUGCAGAAGCACUUCGAGGGAGAGAAGCCUGCAGUGCAGCUGCCUUUCGACUUUCGUUUGGAGAUGGCCGAUGCCGUCAUUCAGACGUCCGAGCAGGAGUGGAUCCUCACGGACAACUGUCAGGAGGGAUGCCUGGCCAACGCCCCUGGAAAGUUGUUGGACUACAUCAGUGAGUAUACGCGCAGUCGCUUGUUCGAUCCUGGCUUUGACACGAAGGUCCUACAGGUGCGCGACGAGGACACCCUGUGGACUCGCUUCCCACGGAAUGACGGGUCACAUCGGGUGCCCUUCGAUGCCUAUGGGCGCGUGCCAGACGUGUCACCCUUCUGGAGAGUCAAGGAUGUGGGAUAUCUCCUCAUCGAGUGCCCGAAGCAAGUCCAAUGCAACGAGUUGCUGCGUCGCGCGAUUUGGCUGAUUUGCCGCAAGGAGGACACGUCCUCUGCGAUGGAUCUCCUCCGGCGCCUGUUGGGCAGUAACGCUGCUGAGCUGUUGCAGCGCUGGGCGCGGACACGGGCGCGGCAGUCACGCGAGAGGUGAUGAGGCUGAGCGGAGGCGCCCAGCGGAGGCUCUUGUUGAUGCGGUUCCCUAGAGAAAUCCAAGAGGGGAUCCACACAGAAGAUAUUUGAUAGUGCAUAGGGCCUGGCAUUUGGGAAGAUGAUUGCUUGCCCGGCCUGUGCUCGGCGAGCCCGGCUGGCCACUUGUGGCCCUGCACACUCCAGGAGGAGGUUUGAUGGCAGCCAGCAUGACAUGCGUGAAUGAUUUGUCGUGCUGGGCUUCUCUUGGCUGCACUCCUGGUUUGCACAGACCUCAUUGGUGGUGAGAAGCUCAAUAGUCUUAGGCUUUUAAGGGGGC